AAGAGCGAUCAGUAAUCACAUGUGUCGCCUCAUAAUGGCCAAUUUCAUGUUGGGACAAAUUUGUGACAGACGGACAGACAGACGGACAGUGCACAACUAGACUUGGUACUGAUCAUUCAUGUAAAGUUUGGAUAAAAUUGCAUCAGUAGUUUAUGAGGAGUAGUCCGGACAAGCUUUUGCAUAUCUGGCAACACACAGAAAAAAACACUUUUUUAUCAAAGGGCCAUAACUCGGCCAAAAAUCAUUCAACCGGAAAACCCGUGCAAUAUGCGCAAGGACUUGAGCUACAGAUCAAUCCUGUAAAGUUUCAUUGAAAUUGCAUAAGUGGUAUAAGAGAACUAGUCCGGACAAACUUUAAAAAUAAAAAUUAUUAAAGGGCCAUAACUCUGACAAAAAUCAUUGAACCUGAAAAUACUGACAAUAUGCACAACUAGACUUGGUACUGAUCAUUCCUGUAAAGUUUGGAUGAAAUUGCACCAGUAGUUUAUGAGGAGUAGUCCGGACAAGUUUUGUGACGGACGAACAGACAGACAGACGGACGACGGAGAAGUGAUCCCUAUAUGUCGCCACUACUCCGUAGAGGCGACACAAAAACAAGCAUCGCUUCAAUUUAUAUGGUUUAUUAGAGAUGUCAAUGGAGACAGGGGUGUGUACGCCAGAGAGGAGCGCGACGUUGUUGGAGCAGAGGGCAGUAAUUAAGUUCUAUGUAAAUCUUGGUAUGAUGCCACAGCAGACUAAAGAAAACAUGGAAAUUGCAUCUGGAACAAAAAAUAUGUCUCGUUUGUUAGUUUAUAAGUGGCACAAACGAUUUCGUGAGGGUAGAGAAGAACUUCAGGAUGAUAAGAGAUGUGGCAGACCAACCGAAACUUGUUGCCAUACAAACGUUUUGAGAGUGAAAUCGGCAGUCAAGGAGGAUAGAAGGAGAACAAUUCGAGAAAUGAGCGAUAUGCUGUGUUUAAGUUAUGGAUCUGUUCAGAAGAUAUUGACUGUAGACCUAGCUAUGCUACGACUGAGUGCGAGAUGGGUAUUGCGUUUAAUAACGGAGGACGAGAUGGCAACAAGAGUUGCUCACAGUGAGCGGUUCCUGAAAUGGUACAGAUGGCAAGGACAGCAAUUCCGUGAUAGAAUAAUAACGACUGACGAAACUUGGCUAUAUUAUUACGAUCCAGAAACGAAACAACAGAGUAGCCAGUGGAAGAACACAGAUUCCCCACUGCCAAAGAAAGCUUGUGCCAGUAUAUCGAUGGGCAAACACAAUCAUGUUUAUUGUGUUUUUCAACAGCCAAGGUCUUCUGCUGUGUCAUGCUGUACCUUUAGGAGUGACGGUCAAUGCAAAUUAUUAUUCGAAGAUAAUGCUCCAAGCAAUCUAUCAGUGGAGACCCAGACCACCAUCACCAUUCAGCUAGGUGCUGAGGUCUUGGAACAUCCGCCUUACUCUCCGGUUCUUGCCCCUUGCGACUUUGUGUUGUUUCCCAAAUUGAAGGCAGAGUAA